AUGAACCACCACCCUCUCACCCAGGCCUACAGAGGACUGAUAGAGAGCAUCCUCACCGCAGGCAUCACUGUCUGUCUGACCCUGAAAGACCUCCACCUCACUGACAGUGGAGUCUACACCUGCACCGUCUACAACAAGGAUGGACACAUGCUGCUACAGAAAUCAGUGACUCUCAGUGUCAGAGUUCUCCAGGUGGAGAUGGUGGAGGUGAGCCAGGGGCAGACGACUGUCCUGAUACCAUUUAUAGUCACCGAUGACCUUUCUCAGGACGUCAAAGUGGAGUGGAAACUCACUUGUCCUGAAGAAAAGAUGAUCCACUUGUAUGAUAGUAGCAAAAAACAGCAUCUGUCACAAGAUCCAGUUUAUAGAGGCCACACAGAGAUGAAUGAAGACCCACUGAACACUAAAGACCUCAGUCUGAAACUGAAAGACCUCCACCUCACUGACAGUGGAGUCUACACCUGCACCGUCUACAAGAAGUAUGGAAACAUCCUGUUACAGAAAGUAGUGACACUCAAAGUCAAAGGAAGUACAAAGAGUCUGACUGGAGCACAGAGUAAAAACACAGAUGCCUCUGUUGUUAAACCAGCUGAUGAAUGAAGAGCAGACCCUGCUUUUGCUUUUCAACAAACAGCAGAGAAGAAUAUUAUGAUCAUGCAUGUACUUUUUAUCUAUAUCAGUGUGACCUGAACUGUAAUGUGAAUGUAACGUAAUCAUGU